CACUGGUGGCUGGCCACCGGCCCCCGCUCCUCCCCUGCGCUCCGCUCGGCUGCCCCGGCCUAAGACGGCGGGGGUCCGGCCCCCGGGCAUCAGGGGCCUGACAUCGGGCCCCCACCCCAGGGCGACACCAGGGCGACGGGGCCGGCCGGAGCAGCCGGGACGGACCAUGAGCGGGACCCCCCUGCCAACCCCACGGGGCUCCCCCGCCGGGCCGCGGCCUUCCUGGGGCCUCUGCGGCCUCCUGGCUGCCCAGCACGUGUUGGUGUUGGCGUCCCUGCUGUGCCUGUCCCACCUGCCGCUGCUGGGGGAGGCCCCGGGGGGGCCCGGCCCCCGGCCCCCGGCCCAGCUCCUGGCCUCCAGCCUCUUCUCCUGCGGCCUCGCCACCCUCCUGCAGGCCUGGGUGGGCAGCAGGCUCCCACUGGUCCAGGCCCCAACUUUCGAGUUCCUGAUCCCGGCCCUGGUGCUGACCGCCGUCCGCCCGCCCGCCGACCCUCCGCAGCUCCUCAACAACGGUUCCCAGGUCCCCGUCUUGACCCAUGAGUCUCUCCAGGAGGUGUCCGGCGCGGUGUUGGUGUCCGGCCUGCUGCGGGUGACGGCGGGCCUGCUGUCCGGGCCGGCCGGGCUCCUGGCCCGCUGCGGCCCGCUGGUGGUGGCCCCGACGCUGGUCGUGGCCGGACUGACCGCACACAGGGAGGCCGCUCGGCUCUGCGCUCAACACUGGGGCCUCGCCAUGGGGCUGAUCUUCCUGAUGGUGGUCUGCUCCCAGCACCUGGCUUCCCGCUCAGUUCCCGCGUGCCCAUGGAGCCCUGCCCCGCGCCCGUCGCUUCCAGUCUUCCGCCUCUUCUCGGUCCUGGUCCCGGUGGUCUGUGUCUGGUCGUUCUCGGCCCUCCUGGGUCUGGGCCGCCCCCCGCCAUCCCACCUGACCGGCCCGGCCCCGGCCCCCUGGCUCUGGUUCCCUCACCCAGGUGAGCGGGGCCGCCCGGCGCUGACCCCGCGGGCGGUGGCGGCGGGCACCGCCAUGGCCCUGGCUUCGUCCGCCAGCUCUCUGGCCUGCUACGCGUUGGCGGGGCAAGUCCUGCGCCUGCCGGCCCUGCCCUCGGACGCCUGCAGCCGCGGCCUGGUGACCGAGGGCCUGGGCAGCCUGCUGGCCGGGGGGCUGGGCGGCCUGGGGGGCAGCGCCGCCAGCUUUGCCAACGUCGGGGCCAUCGGCCUCACCCAGGUGGGCUGGCGUCGAGAGGUGCAGCUGUCGGGGCUGCUGUGCGUGGCGUUAGGCCUCUCUCCGCGCCUGGCGCAGGCCCUCGUCGCCCUCCCGCUGCCCCUGCACGGCGCGGUGCUGUGGGUGUCGCAGGCCCCAGUGCUGUCGGGGGGCCUGGCCCGCUUCCGCGCGGCCCACCUCCACUCCGGUCGCAACGUCUUCCUGCUGGGCCUGGCCGUCUUCAUGGCGCUGCUGCUCCCGAGGAGGUUCACCCCCGACGACGCCCCGACGGCGCUGCAAACCGGCUGGCCCCCGCUGGACGUGCUGCUGCAGUCCCUCCUGGCCACCCCGGUGCUCCUCGCCGCCCUGUUGGCCUUUGUGCUGGACAACACGGUGCCCGGGACCAGAGAGGAGCGGGGGCUGCCACCGCUGCUGUCGCCACCGUGUCCCCCGGGCCACGAAGCCCAGGCCCCACAAGCCACCGCCGCCUCUGCUCUCCUCCGUGGCCCGGCAGACGAAGCUGACCAGGCCGACCAGGCCGACCCCGCCAAUCAGGCCGACCCCGCCGACCAGGCCGACCCCGCCAAUCAGGCCGACCCCAUCAACCAGGCCAACCACGCCAAUGAGGCCGACGAGGCCAACCGGGCCUCCCAGCUGUCCGGGCUCCCCCGUCCUCUGAGGGCCCUGUGGCCUCUGCUCCCCGGGCCCUUCCGCCGCCUCUGCCCGCCGCCCUCAAACAGCGGGGCCAAGGGGCAGGACCGCCCCCAGCCCGGGGAAGCCGUCGAAUUGUUGCCCGUCCCCGGAGGGCCCGGGGCCGUGUGAGCACCUCGGCCCUUUCCGCUCUCGCUCUUCCCCGGGACGCCUCGGCGGGGCGCGAAGAAGAAGGCCGGGCACAGAGCAGCACCCCUGCGGCCUAGGGAUGGGUGGCGUCCAACUCCAGGACUCUAGGCCCUGCUCACCCACCCCCAGGACCCCAGACUCCGCUCUCUCCCUCUCCCGGUGGGGGGUGGGCCCCG